AUGGCCGAUUCCUUCUCCCCUCACUCCGCGAGGAAACCCCUGGCAUCCUUGGGAGGCAGAGACCCGACCCUAGCCCUAGACACAGGCCACCUCAGCGGGGAUACAGUCCCCAAGGCCACCGCCGGGGGCACCAAGGGAAAGGCGCCUAAGAAGGUCAUCGCUAAGAGGGUCCUAGGCUCUGUUGUGUGGUUUACGGAGAAGAAUGGGUAUGGCUUCAUCAGCAGGCACGAUACCCAAGAAGAUGUGUUUGUUCACCAUACAGCCAUCAUCCUGAAAAACUCCCGCAAGUACCAAGGCAGCAUGGACAACGGUGAGACGGUGGAGUUUGACGUGGUGCUGGGAGAGCGGGGCACUGAGGCCGCUAACGUGACCGGGCCAGCUGGCGCGCCACUGAAGGGAAGCCGCUACACUGCCCACCGCACCAACAUCCGCCAGGGCUUCAGCAUCCACCGCCAUGAGCCGCCCCCGCGAGGUCCCAAGAGCGCGGAGGGAGAGGCUGGUGAACCCGAGGGCAGCAGCGAAGGCUUCACCGUGGCCGAGGGCUUCAGACGCCCUCCGCCUGGCCAAUCCCAAGACCAACGACUGAGGUGUUUCCCACCCUCCCACAAGGCCCAAUUUGUGACCAGCCACCCAUCGAUCCUGGCUACCACCAGCGGUCCUGGGUCCAACUGGCAGCCUGAGUCCGCCCCCACCACAAGACAGGAGGGGCAUACUCGGCGGGGUCGGGGCCACAGCUACCUGCUGAGUCGCCCUAGGGGCCGAGGCACCACUCAUGGUCCAAGACACUCACCAGGCAUCUCGGAGGAGCUCGAGGCAGAGCACAGCGAGAGCGGGCAUGAAGCCAGCAGCAAUCCUCCACAGAGGCCCCCUCCAUGCUAUGGAUCCUGCCAUCCCAAUAACCCGUGCCGCUGCCAGCAGCAAGUGCCUGGUGCCCAGGGACAGGAUUCCGACGGAGGAGAGGGCAAGAUCAGGAAGAGCCCCACUGAAACAUCUGCUUCUGUCGCUGUGGCCAAGAAGAACGACAACCCUGAGAAGGAGAAUCCCUUGGUCAUGGAUGCGCCCUCUGCCGCCCGGGCCUAG